AUGCAAUCACACGAGGCGGUUUUACCUGAGUUUGGUAGUCUUUCAUUCAACGAAAAUCCCACAGGAUGGGGUCCAGUGGAUAUUCCAGAAGAAUUCAAGAGCAUGCCCUACCAACCGUUCUCAAAAGAUAUGCGUUUAGGCAGGGUUGCCGAUUGGUCUGGAAACAUAUUUCAGGAUAUGAAAUCUAAAGGGCGUUAUGUUUCCCAGUUUGUCGGUUCCCAAUACGCUUAUUAUCAUGAUGAGGAUGACAGUAAUUUCCAACUAGUGUCUUCUGUGCGCGAAACCAAGACUCCUGCUAUUCGUCAAAGAUAUAGAUUCCCGAUGCGUGGUCGUCGAGGUGUAGGUGGUCCAGGCACGGGGUAUCCUUGGGGAGGCCGCGGUAGUUAUCAAAUUUUGGGGGCUCAGGGUAAUAUGAGCCGUAAGCUGCGUAACGCGUCUGAUAGAGAACGGAUGAUGUUACAGCAGAAUAGGCGUUGGCAACACUGGGGUCCCGGUGGUAUGGGUCAACGACGUGGAGGUCAAGGCGCUGGUGGAUGGAGGGGCAAUGCAGGUGGUUGGGGCGCUAAUAAUGAUCGCAGACAAGCUCACAGAGCAGUACGUGAUGCAUCUAUUCAAAUUAAAGAUAACUGGACGAUGUUGGAAGAGUUAGACUUCACCAGACUUUCAAAGUUAGCUCUACCUAAUGUAAAGGAACCGGAAGAUAAAGUUGAGUGUGGUGAAAUGGAGUAUUAUGACAAGUCCUACGAUCGUGUUAGCACUCGUAACGAACGUCCUCUUGUUAAAGUUAACCGUGUCCUCCACACAGUCACAACAACUAGGGAUCCAGUAAUCUGUCGAUUAGCCAACGAUUGUGUAGGCAAAGUUUAUUGUACGGACACAAUGGCUGCUAUGAUUAUGUGUUGUACUCGUUCUGUAUAUCCUUGGGAUCUUAUUGUUCAACGAAUACAAGAUCGUUUGUUCUUCGAUAAACGGGAAGAUGCCGAAUAUGAUCUUGCUAGCGUCUGUGAAACAGCAGCGGAGCCACCGAAUGAAGAACCUGGUCAUAUUAAUGCCCCGCAAGGUUUAGCAUUAGAAGCUACUUUCAUAAAUACCAAUUUAUCUCAGCAGAUGUUGUUAAUGGGUGGUAAAACGUAUUGUUUCCCCGAGGAGAAUCCCUUCAAAGAUGAUGACAAUGAUAAUGAUGACGAUUCAGAUAAUCCUAAAGAUUCUCAAAAUAAGCCAAAAGAAGAAUUGGGCUCUGUAGGCUAUCGAUAUCGUGUAUUUGAUUUAGGCAAUGAUAUACAAAUAGUUAUACGUUGUGAAGUGAAUGGUGUACUCCCACCGACAGGUGAUGAUCAGACGAAUACUAAUCCACAAUUUGUAUGCAUACGUGCAUUAAAUGAAUUCGACUCCCGUUAUUGUGGAGGUGUUGAUUGGCGUACAAAACUUGACACUCAACGUGGUGCUGUCCUUGCUGCUGAAAUAAAGAAUAACGCUUUCAAACUAGCCCGAUGGACUGUAUGCAGUAUGUUAGCAGGUGCUGAUCAGCUAAAAUUAGGAUUUGUUUCUCGUGUCAAUCCUCGUGAUUCGUCUCGUCAUGUGAUAUUGGGAACUCAACAGUUCAAACCGUCAGAGUUUGCUAGCCAGUUGAAUUUAAAUAUGGAUAAUGGAUGGGGUAUACUAAGGUGUGUUAUUGACUUCUUCAUGAAAAUGCCAGAAGGAAAGUAUCUGAUGUUGAAAGAUCCCAAUAAGCCGGUCAUUCGCAUCUACUCCAUCCCACAAGAUCCAGAUGAGGGUGAAGGGAUAAGCGAAGAAGAGGAACCAAAUAAUACGGAACAAUAUCCUUCUAACCAAAGUAAAGCAGGUGAAGAUGGUCGAGAGGAGGAAGAGGGAGCAGUUAAAGAGAACGUUGAUGCUUCUCAAAAAAACGGGAAAGUGACCAACAAUCAAAGACUACUGACCAAGAGGAAUCAUAAACUGACUUAUUCAAUCUAUACUUGUAUUCUCUAA